GCCGCUCCGCCUCACACACUCUCUAAACACAUACACAUGCACUCAUGAGUGCGCUUUGCGUCUGUGCGCACCACCGGCUGCAGCAACCUGUCGACUUCACCUGAACCAGCAGAGAAGGAGCAGAACCUCCAAACAAUGCGUGCACGCUGCAUUAUGCGCUAUCGCAGGUUAUUAGGACUUUUGCGCUCUUUGCGGAGGUAACGGGGGAGGUGUAGCAUGCAUGCCGUCACCAUGGAUUGCCUUUUUCUUCUGAUAUGGACUUUACCCAUCCCACUGGUCGGCUGCACCUCUCUCAAGCUCCUGUCCACACUGUUGUCCUGGAAUAUCAUCAAGACGUUGCACAUUUACUGCUCACACACCUCCCACACCGUCUCAGCCAGCUUUUCGUCUUCCAGCGACAGCCACGGAUUAAAUCACGAUUAUGUGUUUGUAACCCCGGUGGAGGUGGACUCGCAUGGAGGAUACCUGAGCCAUGAUGUGAGCAGGCAAGGUCACCGCAGCAGGAGGUCUCUUUCUUCUUCCUCUUCCCUGCACUACCAGCUCUCUGCCUUCGGACACAAUAUGCAUCUGGACCUGCAUCCUUCCUCUGUGGUCGGCCCAGGAUUUACGGUGCAGAGGCUCGAUUCUGAUGGCAUCGCCACAGUGAUGGAUGACACAGGGUUUCACAACUGCCUAUAUCAGGGAUUUAUCCGUAACCUGUCAGCCUCGUCUGCAGCCAUAUCAACGUGCUCUGGACUGUCAGGUUUGAUCCGUGUGUCUCAGGAGGAGUACUUGAUCGCACCGCUACCCCAACACCUAGCAGACCAACACAACUUCAGCGCCCCCGAUGGUCACUACCCUCAUGUUGUCUACAAACGCUCAGCCGAACACAUUGUGCACAGAAGAUCCAGCAGUCCAUCUAGCACCAGUUCUGCUGUCCUCGAAAACCCCUACCUCCAACACUAUCAUUACCAGCACCAUCAUCAUCACCAUGACUACCAGCAUGGAAAGCUGCAGAGGCAACACUUCUGCGGACGCCGCAAGCAAUAUGCUCCUAAGCCUCCUGGUGUGGAUCGUUUUGUCAUGCCUGAUGAGUUUGAGAUACCUGAGGCAGAAGGUCCAGGAAGGGCAAAGAGAUCACCCAUUAACUCUAACAGGGUGGGGGGUCUGAAUGUGGAGACCCUGGUGGUGGCAGACAGGAAGAUGCUGGAGAAACACGGCAGGGACAACGUCACAACCUAUGUCCUCACGGUCAUGAAUAUGGUUUCCAGCCUUUUCAAAGAUGGCACCAUUGGGACGGACAUCAACAUUGUAGUGGUUAGCUUGUUACUUCUGGAGCAAGACCCACUGGGCUUGACCAUCAAUCAUCACGCGGACCAGUCCCUGAACAGUUUCUGUCAGUGGCAGUCAGGUCUGGUGGGGAAAGGUGGGAAACGGCACGACCAUGCUGUUCUCCUCACGGGACUGGACAUUUGUUCAUGGAAGAAUGAGCCCUGUGACACUCUGGGUUUUGCUCCCAUCAGUGGAAUGUGCAGUAAGUACAGGAGUUGUACCAUUAAUGAGGACACAGGGCUGGGCCUGGCUUUCACCAUCGCUCAUGAAUCUGGACACAAUUUUGGGAUGAUCCAUGAUGGUGAGGGGAACCCUUGUCGCAAGACAGAAGGCAACAUUAUGUCCCCCACUCUGGCCGGAAACAAUGGUGUCUUCUCCUGGUCCACCUGCAGCAGACAGUACCUCAGCCGCUUCCUUGGAACAGCACAGGCAUCCUGUCUGGUAGAUGAGCCCAAGCAGAUCGGUCAGUACAAGUACCCUGAGCAGCUCCCCGGGCAGCUCUAUGAUGCAGACACACAGUGCAAGUGGCAGUUUGGCUCUAAGGCUAAACUGUGCAGCCUUGAUUUUGUCAAGGACAUCUGCAAGUCGCUUUGGUGUCAUCGCACAGGGCACCGCUGUGAGACAAAGUUUAUGCCGGCUGCGGAAGGCACCAGCUGUGGUCCUGACAUGUGGUGUCGAAGAGGCCAGUGUGUUAAAUAUGGGGAGCAUGGUCCUCGGGCAGUCCAUGGGCAGUGGUCCUCUUGGUCUCAGUGGUCAGACUGCUCUAGAACCUGUGGAGGAGGCGUCAUGUUCAGAGAGCGAUCCUGCAGCAGCCCGAGACCACAGAACAGUGGUAAAUUCUGCCCAGGCUCCGGUCGUCUAAACCAGCUAUGUAACACUCGACCGUGCCCUCUGAAUGCAGUGGACUUCCGAGCUCAGCAGUGUGCUGAGUACAACAGCAAGCCUUUCAGGGGCUGGUACUACAAGUGGAAGCCUUAUACUAAAGUGGAUGAUGAAGACAUCUGUAAGUUGUACUGCAUCGCUGAAGACUUUGACUUCUUCUUUGCCAUGUCCAGCAAGGUGAAAGAUGGCACCUCCUGCUCAGACCACAAAGGAGAUGUGUGCAUCGAUGGAGUGUGUGAGGCAGUAGGCUGUGACCAGAUGCUGGGCUCUAAGGCCUCUUUGGAUGCCUGUGGGGUCUGUAAAGGAGACAACUCCACUUGCAAGUUCUUCAAAGGCCAAUAUGCCCUUCAGCACAGAGCUAAUGAAUAUUACUCCAUGGUAACAGUUCCUGCUGGAGCACGAAGUAUUCACGUUCAGGAAAUGGAGGUCUCAACCAGCUACCUGGCUGUCCGCUCCCUGAAGAGGAAAUACUACCUGACCGGAGACUGGACCGUGGACUGGCCGGGAAAGUUUCACUUUGGUGGGACUGUGUUUGACUACCAGCGUUCCUUCAACAAGCCAGAGAGCCUGUACGCUGCUGGACCUACUAAUGAGACGCUGGUGUUUGAAAUCCUUCUGCAGGGGAAAAACCCAGGUGUGGUGUGGGAGUACACCCUACCUCGCACCGAGAGGAAACCCGACUACAGCUGGGGUGUGGUACGCUCUGACUGCUCUGCUCCCUGUGCUGGAGGUCGUAUCUCCACCAAGGCAAUCUGUCUACAGGACCAGAAGGUUCAGGUCAACUCCACUAUGUGUAAUCCUCAAACCAGACCCACACUGGGCUCCCAUCUGUGCAACACACAGCCCUGCCCUGCAUAUUGGGCGACAGGAGACUGGGGUUCCUGCAGUCGUUCAUGUGGGGGAGGUCAGCAGACCCGGACGCUGCGCUGCCUGAGGAAGGUGACUUACCAAAGGGAGGAGGUGGUGGCCCACUCCCUCUGUCCUGUUAUCUCUCCAGCUCAGGUCCAGCCCUGCCACACCCAGGCCUGCCCACCUGAGUGGAGCACUGGAUCCUGGUCACAGUGCUCAAAGAGCUGUGGCCGUGGACUGAGGAAGAGGAGCGUGUUUUGCCGCAGCACCGAUCCCGGGGCCAAAGCGGUGGUGGUGCCUGACAGCAUGUGCAGACAGCAUCACAAACCCAAAGCCCAAGAGACUUGCGUCCUGCGGCGCUGCCCCAAGAACGAAAGGCUACAGUGGAUCCCAACUCCCUGGGGAGAGUGCUCCAGGUCCUGUGGUUCAGGCGUCCAGAAAAGAGAGCUUCGCUGCGGGGAGAGAGAUUCACAGGAGGGAGGGUUUGUGGAGUUCCCCGCUCGGAGGUGCAGGAACAUGGCCAAGCCUUUGGUAGAUCUCCAGCAGGGCUGUAACAGAGGUCCGUGCCCACAGCUCCCCAGGGCCAUCCCUGGCAGGACCCCCUCCACUGCCGUGGUCUUAGGCUGGUACUCCUCUCCCUGGCAGCAGUGCUCGGUGUCCUGUGGUGGAGGGGUGCAGACCCGGACCGUUCAGUGUCUGCGCCAAGGUCGCCCUGCAGCUGGCUGCCUGCCACAUCAGAGGCCUGUCACAUCCAGGGCGUGCAAUACACACUUCUGUCCCCCUGCGGUCCCCCCGGCACCGCCACAACGCCACGGCAGGGUCACAGCUGCAUCGAAAGAUGAACACUGCGUGGAUCAUUUCAGCUGGUGUCACUUGGUUCCUCAGCACGGCGUUUGUAACCACAAGUUCUAUGGACAGCAGUGCUGCAAAUCCUGCUCCAGCAAGAGGCCGUAGAGUUCCGAGUCUAUUUAUUCACACCUCUAAAAGACAGAGGCUGUUUGAGGAUGAUGACUGAUAAACGCAAACAGAACUGUUCCCAUUACACGGUGUAUUUUCUUCCUGGAGUACUUGACUCUGAUGAACUUUGUAAAGAAGAGCAAAAUGCUGGACUCUUGUUUCAGAGGGC